ACCAAUGCUCCCGGACGUGGUCGGCAGUUCCAGGACCGAAUGGGUUACAGAGACUUUGCCUCAAAAAUCGAAAAUAGGCCAAGAAACAAAACUAUGACUUUAGAAAGGUGCUCCCCAGGGAAGAAAACGGCUUACUCUUGAAUAUACUGCGGCUCUAAAUAAAAUGCCACUUCUGCCCAAGCGUAGCGGAGCGGACCUCGGAGGGGAGGGACGGCCGUCCGAAAAUAAGACCCCACGCAGACACUUCCGCCCUUUUCUAAGAUGGCGCAGGCGGAAGGGGCCUGCCCGCUGGCAACGUCUCGGCUGGAGUUAAACCUGGUGCGGCUGCUCUGUCGGUGCGAGUCGAUGGCGGCAGAAAAACGAGAACUGAAUGAGUGGCGUCUGGAGAAGUAUGUGGGUGCCUUAGAAGACAUGCUGCAGGCUCUGAAAGUCCAAGCAAGCAAACCCGCCUCCGAAGUGAUCAGUGAGUACUCCCGCAAGGUGGACUUUCUGAAGGGCAUGCUGCAGGCUGAGAAGUUGACCUCCUCCUCUGAGAAGGCUCUAGCUAACCAGUUCCUGGCCCCUGGCCGAGUGCCCACCACAGCCAGGGAGCGGGUGCCUGCCACUAAGACUGUGCAUUUGCAGUCUCGGGCACGGUACACCAGUGAGAUGCGGAGUGAGCUGCUGGGCAUGGAAUCUUCUGCAGAGCUGGAGAUGGACAUGAGGAAGCGAGUCAGAGCGAAGGAGCCCAGGUCUGCAGAUGAGAAGCAGUCAGCGUCUGAGCUGGACCUCGUCCUCCAGAGGCACCAGGGCCUCCAGGAAAAGCUGGCUGAAGAGAUGCUCGGCCUGGCCCGCAGCCUCAAGACCAACACACUGGCUGCCCAGAGUGUCAUCAAGAAGGACAACCAGACCCUGUCACACUCACUCAAGAUGGCCGACCAGAACCUGGAGAAGCUGAAGAUGGAGUCUGAGCGGCUGGAGCAGCACGCACAGAAGUCUGUGAACUGGCUGCUGUGGGCCAUGCUUAUCGUCGUAUGCUUCGUGUUCAUUAGCAUGAUCUUGUUUAUCCGAAUCAUGCCCAGGCUUAAAUAAAGUCCGCCCACCA